ACGUGGGGUGACGUCGUUGUGAGGUGUACCUGUACAGGGCGUAGUCCAGGCAUUGGCAACUCUGUGCAACAUGAAACUACAGUCCUUCUUGCCGAUUUUAGCUGUACUUGUCGCCUUGGCGAUCGUUAACAACGCGCAAGUAACUGAGAACACAACUGCACCGUUGGGCUGCCCGUGCUAUUUCAACACCUCGAGGUGGGACCCAGCCUGUUGUAACGUACCGGCGGCCGGCAGCGAGGUUACUGUGUGGUGAGGAGAAGUCGUCAACGAACCAACAUGGGGUCUAUGAACGUUGCUUCCUGCGUCUACAUUGUCCUGAGUUUGCUGUUAGGACCUAUUGGAGGAGAAUCUCCCCCCUUGUGCCAGACAUGGAAUUCAACAACAGUAACAUGUACCCGGGUUCAAAUCCGUCAACCUCUUAACCAGGUACCACCCGGAAUCCCAAAGACUAUAACCACCCUAAAUCUAAAAGGAAAUAAUAUCACUACACUUUACAACGAUUCCUUUGAAGGGUUGACGAAUCUGAAACGCCUAGAUUUGUCCAAGACACGUAUUCAAACGAUAGAGGUAGGAGCUUUGGAAGCGUUGGCUAACUUGACAUCGUUGGAUAUAACUUUCAGCAGAGAAACUAGGCAUCUGAGAGACGGCCUUUUCGAGAACCUUGUCAAUCUCACGUAUCUAACACUUGAAACAUCUGCACAGUUUGGCGAACAUGUCUUUAGUGGUUUAACUCAAUUGAGGGAGUUGAGUCUAAGACUGACAGAUGCAUCCAACCUUCCUGACCAAAUCUUUUAUCCUCUGUCAGCACUAGAAAACCUGACGAUACACUGUGAUAGGGCGAAAGGCCUCUUUCAAAGGGACGUCCUUUGGGCACCUCUGAAUCAACUCAAAACACUAGUCCUCAUUUUCACUGAUGAUCAAGCAAAUGACAACAAUAACUUCCAUUUUGGCUCUGUAUUCCAAAACUUUUCCAGACUAGAGACGCUACAACUGUCACAUUAUGGGACACAUCAAAUUAAUCUUACUGUUGACAUGUUCAUGUCUCUAAAAUCAACUCUGAAACACUUAAGUUUGUCCAGUUACACGAUGUAUCACAUAGAGAGAGGCCUGCUGAAGUCACUUAGUAGUCUAAAGAGCUUGGAACUCAGAGAUGCUACCUUAGGUUCAUUCUCAGAUCUUGCUAGGGUGCUGCCGGAACUGAACAAUACACAAAUACAGGAGCUUGCGUUUAGUUUGGGAACUGACGCUAUAACGUCAAGUACUCUAAAUGCAUUGGAAGGUCUGUUGGAAUUACGAACGAUGGCUAUAGACACGCGAGGUUGUAGGGCCAUACACGCACAUGCAUUUGAAGGGUUCGCCCGUUUAGAGAAGCUCAAUAUGAGAGGAGGUGCUUUAGAAAAUCUAGAUAAUAAUUCAUUUACCGGAAUGACGUCACUUCUUGAACUUGACCUUAGCUCCAAUGAUAUCUCGACUUUACCAAUCGAUGUGUUCAAAGGUUUGAUUUCACUGACUGAUCUUGAUUUGAGUAACAAUCAUUUAGAGAGUUCCAGGCAUGGCCUUGGAUAUGAUGCCUCGUUUGAUUUCACGUCUUUUAAAAACCUCAGUCGUCUGAAUCUUGGUUUUAACAGAUUAACUCACGUACCGACAGAGGGGCUACCUGAAAGUUUGGAUGCUCUAAAUGUUCAGCACAACAAUAUUGGAUCGUACAUUUACAAUUCUGUCUUGUUCAUCCCGCAUGUAAACUACCUCGACGUAUCUCACAACAACAUCCAAACAUUGAUUGUCGCUUCACCUGCAAAAACAUCAAGUUUAGAAACACUCAAACUGGAUCAUAAUGCAAUAAAAGCGAUAGAAGGAAGGUUUAUGGAAGGACUUGUCAAACUCACGACACUCAGUCUUUCUUAUAACCAACUCCAAGUCAUUGAAAAGGGGACGUUUCAGUGGAUGAGCAAAUUGACGCAUCUUGAUCUUAGCAACAACAAAAUCACCACCAUUGCAUUGUCAGCCUUUCAUUGGUUGUCAAAUCUUAAACAUCUAGACCUAAGUCACAAUAGCAUCCAACAGAUAACAGCGCUAACGUUUGAAAGUUUAGGUAACCUGACAGAGCUAAACCUAGCAGCAAACGAAAUUGUCGACUUUGCCAACGCCUUUGACGAGCUUCAUGCACUAAGGAUAGUGAGUUUGAGCAGCAAUGCGUUAGCUGUACUAGAUCAACCAACCGUAAGCCCUGUUCUAAAGCAGGUUGAGAGUAUUGACCUAUCAGGUAACCCGUUUCUUUGUGACUGUGACUUACUGUGGUUUGUGCAGUGGGCCAUGGAAAUACGUGUAUACGACAUCGUACUGAACUGGUACAACCCAUAUCCUUUGCAAAGCUACCAAUGUGCCCGGCCUAGUCACCUGCACGGUCGUCAAGUAAUAGAAGGAUUCACACAGCAAAAGGACGAAGAAGUGUCUUCAAGAAGUAUAUUCUUCAACAAGGACUGUGACGAAGUUCAACUUAAAUAUAACACCCUAUUGGUUGGACUGCUCUCGCUUGCAGGAAUUCUCCUCAUUGUAGGCAUAGCUGCAUUGAUGUGGUAUAAAUCGAGGAAAAGACUUAAAGAGGAUCCUGAAACAGACGGCUCGUACAUGCACGACGUGUUUGUUAUGUACAGCGAAAAUGAUUCGGACUGGGUCUACAAUAAACUGGUAAUGAAUUUGGAAAAUGACGACGCGGGGUAUAAACUGAACCUUCAUAAAAGGGACUUUACAGGAGGAUUACCCAUCCAUAAAAAUAUUGACAUUGCCCUGACAGAAAGUCGGCGAGUCAUCUGUAUUGUCACCAUGAACUUUUUGAAGAGUGACUGGUGUCGGGAGGAGCUCAGUAAAGCCAGGUGUAAGCAGAUAGGACGUAGAGGUCGUCGACCCAUUCUGGUCUUCCCUAAAAAGAUUCCACCAGAAGAAGUAGAACAGCUCAAUACUGACGUGUACGAUAUAAUGAUGACGGAAACGUACCUCGAGUGGCCAGACGCAGAUACAGAUACAGAGGCAGAUUUCUGGAAGAAGAUGCGAGAAGCUCUAGGUCCUCCUAUAUCUUUCGAUCCUGAUCCAGAGGAUCACGAACUUGAGCAGCAGCCACAAGAUCAAGGUCAGCGUCCUGUAGAUCAGGAAAUGGACGCUCAGGAGCUAAACGUUAACGCACUGGCACCAAAUGCUGCGGAGACAAUCCCUAUGAAACUAAUACGUGGGGCAUUAGAAGAUGAGGAACAUUUUGAAGAUGGGAUGAAAGAUCCCCUUAUAAAGGAAUGAAAAGACUGUGACCAGAUUAUCUUUCAAAAGACCGAUCGUGGCUGUCUAUUUCAAUUAACAGCCCAACCAAUGAGAGACUGUCGAUUAAACGAUUCGACCAAUGAGAGAGAUAUUGUAAAAAAACGUAACGUGGACAACGUCAAAAAGGCCUAAAAUACAAAGCAUUACAGUAAUGUUUUAAAUUAAUGAAUGGACUUGAUUGCACAACGGUUGUACAAGAUAUGAAGCACAUGGUAAGCUGAAAUCGGUCCUAGUUAAGAGUAUAUCAUUUGCUUACAAGUUUUUCUUCACUGUAACUUGGGUAAUGCAUUACAAAAUGGGGCUUAUUUUUGAUAGCUCCAAACUGAGAUUUCACUUAUAUUACCCUACAUGCGCUAUCUAGCAACUGUUCAAACAUAUUGUUUGUAUAUGGAGUUCAUUGUAACUAUUCUAUUUUGCAUGAUGUGUGUAAUAUUAAUAUCAGUUUCUGCGUUAGGAAUUUUUUCUUUCGAUUAACUG